UUAGGGCUUUCCAGUUUCUAACGCUCCUAAUUUCAAUUCCCAAUUUUCUUUCUAGGGCUUGAGUUUCUUCUCCUCCUCCUCUUCCAAGCUCUCUACUUUACCAUUCCAGUAAACAUCCUUUAAAUCUGCAAGCCAUGGACCCGCAAGACCAAGAUGCAAUUACUGGUGGAGAAGCCGACCAUAACGCGGAUGAGAUUAAGUCUCAAUCUCACACUGGAGACGGAGCUAGUCCUGGGAAAAUUUUCAUUGGAGGCUUAGCCAGGGAGACUACUUCUGCACAAUUUGUCAAACACUUUGGUAAAUAUGGUGAAAUUACUGAUUCUGUUAUAAUGAAGGACCGGAAGACUGGACAACCCCGUGGUUUUGGGUUCGUGACCUAUGCAGAUCCCUCAGUUGUUGAUCAAGUUAUUCAGGAUGUACAUAUUAUUAAUGGGAAACAAGUGGAGAUCAAGCGAACGAUACCAAAGGGAGCUAUUGGAUCUAAGGAUUUCAAGACCAAAAAGAUUUUCGUUGGUGGAAUUCCAGCAGCUGUGACUGAAGAUGAGUUCAAGGAAUUCUUUGCACAAUAUGGUGAGGUUAUUGAACACCAGAUCAUGCGGGACCACUCUACCAACCGCUCUCGUGGCUUUGGAUUUAUUACAUUUGACUCAGAGCAGUCUGUGGAUGACCUUUUGGCCAAAGGAAAUAAGCUUGAGUUAGCCGGAAGUCAGGUGGAGAUUAAGAAGGCUGAGCCAAAGAAGGCCAACCCUCCACCACCGCCUUCUAAGCGUUAUAAUGAUUCAAGGCCUGGAUUUGGGGGUGGAUAUGGGGAUGGAUAUGAUGGAUAUGGAGGCAGUAGCUUUGGUGGUGGUGCUUAUAGGUCAGGUGGAGUCUAUGGAGGUAGAGCUAGCGCUUAUAGUGAAUAUAAUGGGGGGGAAUUUGGUGGAUAUGGAGGAUAUGGAGGUGGUGGCAUUGGGGCUUAUAGAGGGGAUCCCUCCUAUGGAUAUUCAGGUCGUUAUGGAGGAGGCUUUACCAGGGGUUAUGAUUUACGAGGUGGUUAUGGUGGCCCUGGUGAGGGUUAUGGUGGAUAUGGCAGUGGCAUUGGUGGUGGUGGUGGAUAUGGCAGCGGUGGCAGUAGUAGUGGUGGUGGAUCAGGCAUGGGAUAUGGAGGAGGCAGCUAUGACACUGGUCUCGGGGGUGGAUAUGGAGGUAGUAGUGGAGGUUCCUUUUAUGGAAGUAGAGGGGGAUAUGGUGGUGCGGGUGGCAGUAGAUACCAUCCUUAUGGGAGGUAGAAGGAAGGCUGUUAUGGAACGAGUUUUGGACCCAAAAAGUGUAACGGCUAAGUUUUCUAAACUGUAGUGUUUGAGCUAGUUAUCAAUUCAGUAAUUUGUGCUGUUAGGUCUUUUAGUUUGGCAAGUUGGUGACUGGGAUUCUUACACCUUAGCGUUCAAUCAUCUUUUCGUUUUCUUCACCCCUUUCAACUUAUCAAUGCUAGGGAAUCUAGGAAACUCGUUUUUUUUUUUUUAAUUAAUUUGAAUAGCAUCCAUGAACUACAAAUUGUGAUGUACCCUCACUCAGAUUGUUAAAGAACACCUGGAAUUACAGAUUGGGAAUUGUUAUUUACCCAUUUUUUAUUCA